CCUACAAUUGUUAAAUGUUUGUUUUAUAUCAAGUUUGUAACAAAUCUUGCGACUUCGUCGUCGUCUCAAACUGGCUUCUUAAACUACUGAAAAUAUUGCAACACCUUUUAGUUUUAGUUAUACAGCACAAGGACAUGAUGCGGAGAAGAUCGGUUCUCAUCGAAGUGCUUUACAUCUGUUUCUGUUUCGCGUAUGCAAAGAUAAGUGUGAAGACUGUUUUGGAGGGACAACCGGUGAUUGUACCUGUCCUGAAAACGUCUGCACUGGGAAUCAAGGAUGACCAACUCUUCACAUUUUUCAAGGGAAACUCUACCUCAAAUAGAGAUGUGUUGUGUGCACAAUACUUUUGUGAUAAUGGAAAAUGUGUCAAUGACCCAUCAACCGUGGCCCAGUUCAUUGUGCAAGAAGAUGAGAUCUUCCUGAUCAUACGCAACGCCAGCAUUACCGACUCAGGCCAGUACCGCGUUUCCCACAAUGGUGUUACAAUCGUGUCCAAUUUCACUCUGGAUGUUCACAAAUCAGAACAAGUCGUGACAGGGAAUUCUGAGUCUUUAACAUGGUUUGUUCCUGCAAUCAUAGCUGUAUCUGCAGUAUGCUGUACUGGUCUGAUGAUCACUGCCUUCAUCUUCUGUAGAUGUUUGUGGAAGAAGAACGUGGAUCCUGAAACAAAACGUUCUGCUUCUGAACAAGAGCUGAUGGUUGUGAAAACAGAGCCCAAAGACUGUCUGCUGCCGUAACGCUGGUAGUUUUUUUUACAGAAAGACGUUUUAUCACUCACCAUUUCUGUAAUGUUAAAGGGAGUUUUAUACUGUAGAUCAGUAGUCAGUCCUGUUAGCUAAAGAGUUUAGUCCAAACCAUGAACAAAUCCAGCACACAAUUCUUCAAAGCUAUUUAUAAUUUCAAAUAUUUUUCUGCCUCGCCCCGGUUGCUGUGCCAUAUACAGGUCGAUAUUUGGAAAGUGCCAUCGAGAAACAGUGUUUAAACUCUUGAGGAAACAUGACCACUUAUUUAUUCUUGCCUACACGUACAGUAUUGAGUGAUAUUGUACAAUUUUGGUCAGGGUUUAUUUUUACGGUAACAAAUAGUUUUAUGCAUAUCUACGUAUUGCACGGCUGCUUAGUAAAUAAUUGAAUACAAAAUAUUUAUUUAUUUGGUGAAUGGUGUGACUGACCAAUCAGAGUUAAGUAUUCUAGAGAGCCGUGUAAUUAAGUAGGAUAUCAUGAAUUGUAUUUCAGUGAAUGUAAUUUGUUUGGUUUGCCAAUGUUUAAGCUACUGGAUGUAUGUCUGAUAGAUAUUUUGUUUCAGUGGCAGAUUCAUGUUACAUUCCUAUUGUUAUUUAUUGCUUGAAAAGUGUGGUACUUUUUUAUGUUUGUUAUUUAAAAAGACACUAUUUAUGUUGUAAAUGCCACUUUAUUAUACUGUGACUUCUGUUUUGGGAAGUUUGUAGACCCCCCUCAGUUUCCUUAACAAGCUUAUGAUUCCCAUCUGUAAGACUGUAAAAACUGAUUUUUACUAUUGCAUUACAUCAUUUUUGCACAAUUAAAUAUUUAUUUCUA